UAUAUUUAUAUCUGCUGUAGUCAGCAGUGUAACAAAAGUGAUUCCUUUCAAACCGAUAUGUUUAUGGAGUUAUGCGGUAAAAUACAACACACGUUUGAAAGGUACUUUGGAAAGUUUCGCGCAUACUGAUGAGACGGCGUUGAUUGUGAUAUAAAAUCAUCGACAAAGAGUUCAUUCAUAACAUAAGCACGUCACCGCAGAGAGAUAUUUGUUCAAGAAUUGAGAUCUGUAUUUGUUCAAGAUAAGGAUAACUAACUAAAGUUGAGAAUCGAGCCUUUUAUAUUUGAUUGAAAGUUGUGUGUAUCAUAUUGGAAGAAUACCUAAAAUGGGGACAGCUGCUUCUAUAGCUGACAAUGAUGGUCAAGUCUCCGGACAGCGUCCACCCACAAUGCCAGUCCGUAAACCAAUCAAUCCGAUACAAUCGAAGGGGGGAAAGAAAGAUUCUGCAAUCGUUUGUGCAGCGAUAGACUUUGGAACUACAUAUUCAGGGUACGCUUACUGCUUCAAGGACAGACCAAAGGAUAUUAAAGCUAACUACUGGCCGGGACAAAUGAUCAAGACUCCAACGAGUGUCUUGGUUGAUCCAGACGGAAAAUUUCAUUCGUUUGGGAAAGAGGCGAGAGAUAAAUAUGAGGACUUGAUUUCCAGAAAUGAACAUGGGGCGUGGAGUUUGUUUGAGCGCUUCAAGAUGAAACUCUACGACCAACAAACGCCUCUGUCGGUGGAUUUGGAAAUCGAGGAUAUGCAAGGAUUGAAGUGCAUGAAAGCUAUUAAAGUUUUCUCAAUGGCGAUUAAAUAUAUGGUGCAUCAUCUUCACGAGACACUCAAUGAGAAAGGGCGAUCCCUUGGAAUAAAGCACGAUGAGAUACAUUGGGUUAUUACGGUGCCGGCUAUUUGGUCUGAUCGCGCAAAACUUUUCAUGAGAGAAGCAUCCAGCAUGGCUGGAUUACGUGACGACAUGAUAACACUCGCACUAGAACCGGAAGCUGCUUCACUGUAUUGUAAACCGUUGCUUGGGGAUGAGGCGUUGUACGUCGGAUGCAGAUACACGGUGCUAGAUAUUGGAGGCGGUACGGUCGAUAUAACUGUACACGAGGUUAAUGAAGAUGGUUCAUUGAAUGAACUGUACCAUCCUUCAGGUGGUGACUUUGGAGGUAUCCACGUUGACAACAAGUUCCUAUCAAUUUUACAGUCAAUAUUUGGAAAAGAAAUUUUAAACGAGUUUCGAUACACUUAUAUGAGAGAGUACUGGGAACUGAUGAACGAUUUUGAAAUAAAGAAAAAGAUGUUCAACGGAACGGGGAAAGUGAUUCUUAAAUUUCCUAUUGAACUUUUGGAUGCACUUGCGUCACGAAAUAUAGAUGUGGUUGAAAAGAUUAAAGUUGCUUCGCUUACAGAUAAAGUAGCGUUUAAACUAGGCAAGAUAUACCUGGAUGAAGACAUCGGGCGUUCCUUAUUUGAUGACGAGGUCACUAAAAUAAAAAAUACGACAAAGGAAAUCUUAAGUAAAAUUGAAAAUAUUCAAAAGAUCAUUAUGGUUGGAGGGUUUUCAGAAUCUCCUUAUUUAGAACUGGUGAUGAAAGAAUGUUUCGGUAAUCUGGUCACAUUCCCCAAAGAACCUUCUGCAGCAGUUUUAUUAGGGGCUGUAAUGUUUGGACAGCAUCCACGCCACAUUUCAACACGGGUUUGUCCUUUUACGUACGGCAUUGCCAAACUUGUUGACUUCAAAGCAUACCAUCCCGAGACCAAGAGAGUCACUAUCAACGGCAAGGAUUACUGUGAUGAUGUGUUCAAUAUUCAUAUUGCCAAAGGAACAAAGGUCAGCGUUGAUGAUAAGAAGAAAGUGCGCCCGCAGAAAUAUUACCGACCGGAUCAUAACCUGACUACGGCCGUGAUGCAAGUGUACGCAAGUAAUAAGGUAGACCCUCAUUUCGUUGACGACGAAGGGUGUAGAGAAAUCGGUAGUAUUGUGAUUGAUAUGGACCCAUCAGGAUAUAUGGGGUCCAAAAUAUUGGUUAAGUUAAUAUUCGGGGGGUACUGAGCUAGAACUAUCUGUAACUGAUGAAGUUAGUGGGAAAACUAGUAAUGCUGUGUUUAAACUUUAAUUACCGGUAUUUACUAAAAUCGUUAACAAACGAACAAUGUACAAACCGGUGCCAUCUGACUACUUUUUCACGCUUCGAUUGUUUUUAUAAAGUUGUAGUACAAUCUAAAACACUUACACCCUUUGUAUUUGUUGAAUAUAGUACAGUACGUCUUGGCAAGAAGUUGCCAGUUACAACUUCAUUGAUUAAUGAUAGUUGAAUUAAUGUUUUUUUUAUAUACCUUUUGACACUAAAGCAUUCAGUGGAAAAAGGUACGAUUUGACGUAUAGUGCCCAUUUGCUCUAAAUUUUGUUAAAAAAUUAAUAAUAUAUUAAUGGCAAAAGGUGCCAUUGGACAUAUAGAAACGUUUUUAAUUCGUAAUUUGUAAUAAGUUUAACAUAAUUCAAUUGAUCGAAAAAAGAUACAAUUUGACUGGCACAUUUAUAAUCUCAUAUUAUAUAACAAAUUAUUUAUGCUUCAUGGCAAAGGUACCCUUUGAAUUGCGAUACAUUUGUAUCGUCACAAAUUUAAAUCAAACUUCAUGAACAGUUUCUAACAAAUGCUAUUAUGGACCGCCAUUUUGUUUAACUGUGAUAAAUUAUAACCCACUAUUUUUUGGUAUGUUAUUCUCCUGUUUAAGAACAUUAUUUAUGAAAUAAAAAAGUGCCCAACCGUUUGGUUCAAUUAACUCUAAAUAAAUCUUUAAAACAGGAAUAACGUUUUACCAUUUGGCUUAUGUUUGUGCCAUUUUUACGAAUACUUUCCCCGGUUUAUACCAGAAACAACAGACCUGAUUAAGAAGUCAUUUUAUUUAUUCAACGAAAUGUUUGCCACUAAAAAUCAUGUGCAUUACUAUAUGAUUUUAAUUUGUGAACAUAGUUGUUAAAACUGAAUAUUGUUCUUUUUAUAAUUAUAAUCUAUAAGACUAUUAUUAAGACUAUUGAUAAUAAGUAUUGCC